UUUAUCAAUUCUUGUUCGUUUCGUCCAUUCUCGUUCAAUACUGGAUUUUCACCUAAAAUAAUCAAUAAACAAAAAAUUAAGUAUCUAACCCAUAUCCCAUAAGUCCACUUUUUGUCGCCCAAAUAAGUGUAUAAAUCACACUUCUCAAGUGAAGUUUUGUCUAAUAGGUUAAAGACAAUUAUCAAGUCACUUGUCUUCGUCUCUUCUUUCCAGUCCAAAGUAGUGAUACAGACUUUAGUUCCUUUGUACCAAGUGAACUAUAUCAAUAAAGACAAUUUCUAUAUAGAUAUUCUUAUAGAUAUAUACAUCUUAGAAUGUCAUAUAUAUAAAUACUAAUAUUUGUUAUUUUGAUUCAGUGGUUAUAUGUCUCCAGAGUAUGCGUCAUAUGGGCAAUUCUCGAUAAAGUCAGAUGUAUUUAGUUUUGGAAUUAUCAUGCUCGAGAUAAUCAGCGGAAAAAGAAAUACGGGAUUCUAUGGGUCCACAGAAGCACUAAAUCUUUUGGGUUACGCAUGGAGAUUGUGGAGUGAAAACAGGGCACUAGAUUUACUGGACCCAAUGAUACUUGAAUUUUGCAAAAAAUCUGAAGUUGUCAAGUGCAUAAAUGUUGGGCUGUUGUGUGUGGAAGAAGAUCCCAUUGAUCGACCUACCAUGUCAAAUGUAGUUUUGAUGCUUAGCGGCGAAAUGGCAUUUCUUCCAGUCCCUAAACAACCAGCUUUUGCAAUGAGAAAACAUGUUUUUAGCGCAUCGUCCUCUAAUAAACCAGAUCCAAUCUCCAAUGAGUUGACGAUGUCUGUGCCACAAGGGCGAUGAGGUCAUUUCAUUAGUGUUCAUUUGAAUGUUAACAGGCCUAUUCUUUAAUAUACUGUGGAAACUGGGUUGUAUAGAACUAAGGCAAGUAAGAAAACAAUCUUUAUAUGCUCACCUUUUUUUUUUUUUUUUU